AUGGCACCUCUCAAACUGCUCACAGUCGUCAGUUCCUCGCUCUUCUUCCUGGCCAGAGCCAACGGCGAUCCCGCACCCAACCAGACAACUUAUAAUGUAGCCUUGGGAGAAGAGGGAAAAUGCCUCGCCGAGGUUAAUGCUGCCCGUGUGGCAGCUGGGUUCAGCGAACUCACAAAAGCAACUCAAGCAGCAAGCAGGCUGCCUCAAGGAGGCAAAUUUCCACAAAGCGAACAACCUAAAUGGGCCUGGAAGCCUGUGUGCGAAGCCUUGAUUCCAACCACAGAAAAAUCAAGAAGUACUAGCAAUUCUGAGGAUGCAGCUGAUUUCCAGAGCGGCACAUACGCAUACCUUCCGAUUGACAAUGCCGAUUCCGUCGACUGCAAGGCCGUUGUGGAUAAGUGGAAGGAAGCCUACACCAACUUUGAUGGAUUGCCUCCGGCUAACAAGGAAGAAAAGAAUCUUUACGACAAUCAGGAGAACGUCUCUUUCGUAGCCCUGUACAACCCUUCAACGGAGGCUACUGCAGAUUGCCGUGUCGUCACCUGCACUAAAACGACGCCUGCAGCCGGAGCGGCAGCUGCCGGCGGAACAGACAGCACGGGACAAAACACAGAAACAAAAGCCUCGGCUUUGAUUUGCAUGACCGCACCUGAUGUACUUGCCGACAAAGAGAAGGCCCCUUUCACAGAGGAGCAGUGGGAACAGAUCGUGACCGCUCUCGAAGGCUCUGCCUCGGCUGUUGCACCCGGUGUGGUCGGUUUUGCAUUGGCGAUCGUUGGCCUCAGCAUGCUGUGA